AUGUACUCAAUGUUUGUUUCCAAAUGCGAAUGCGAAUCCCGAGUGGAUAAAAAUCAAACCAUUCACGCAGUCUGUCCACCAAUCACUACUCUGUAUUCCAGCCACCACGUACGUAAUGCAUCUGAUGGCGAGUUGUUGAUGCUGCUUUUACUCCUGCUGGGUGUUGCUGGCAAUAGUCCGGAAUGA